CUCCUUGACUGUCGGUACGGCCCGGCGGCAGCUAGAUAGAUCGCCAAACUUACCGAUCAACAGACCUUGAUUCUCCAAGCUCUCUCACCCGAGAGUCAAUAUGCUCUGCAGAAGCCAUCCAAAGUUGCCAGUUGAUUGUGACUCCCCCCCUCCCUCCCCACAAAUAGAUUUGUGUUUUGUCAUCAUGCACCAAACAGACCAUGACGCACUUGACUGCAGCCCUGCUGCUCGCCUACUUCUUCACCUUUGUUAUCAAGAGGUACAGAAGAUACGUAUUCUUAACCUCCUACAUCUCCUGCAAACUCCUUCAAAUCGAUUUUCUCUACACGACAUACAUGGACAACAAGCAACCAGCCAACCAACCAACGACCACAACCGCCAUUAAGCCGCAGCCGGUACUCGCGACCCUCCCGUUCGACCUCCUCCACGCGGUAAUCGCACACAUCCCGGACGCGUCCUCCCUCGCCGCCCUCAGCCGCACCUGCCGGACGCUCCACCAGUUCGUCGCGCGCCAACACGGCUGGCAAAUCUUCGUGCAGGCCCGGUUUCCGUCGAUCUACGCCACGCUAUCGCCGCCGGAAGAUGUCGCUGCCGUCGCCGCCGUCGCCGCGGACGCAAAGUUCUGGCAGAGACACGCGCAGGAGCUGACGCUGCUGUCGCACAACUUCGACCGUCGCGCGUUCGUCGCAGAGGUCCUGGAUCCUGAUGUGUUGAUCCAGAAGCCGCUGAGGUUCUAUGCCGCGAGGCAUACUCGCGGGGAUUGGAGGGGUGGCGCGGCUGCCCAGGGUGCGCACUGGAGGCCUGCCGCGCCACAGUACCAUCGCUGGGCAGCGGCUGUCCAGGUCAAGGACGGGAAGCAGAGUGUCGGGUAUCAUCCCGUGCUGCAUGCUGUGGGCAACACCCUGGGUAUGGGCGCCGGUCAGGAUCUGCUGAUUAGGCGCCGCGGAGGGGUCAAGGAGAAGUGGUGGGUGUAUGCAGAUGCGGCGCACGUGGCCGGCAAAGACGAUAUCACGGCGAUGCAGCUAUUUUCGGAUGCGGAUUCGAACGGAGAUGAGGCCAGAGCGCUGGUCGGAAGAGCUAACGGCACGAUGUCGUGCAUAAGGCUUUUGACGCCGGAUGCGACGGCCGGUGGCGUGGGCUCCGUGGCGGUCGAUAUGUCCCUCAAUACUAGGGGACAGCAGGUACGAAAUGCGAGUAUGCUCGGGGAUUUGGUGUCAAGUGUGCUGGGAAAUGAUCUUGUUGCGCUGCAUAGACUACCACCUGAAGGUGGUGGUGGGGGUGGCGGGAAGGUGAUGGUGGAUAUCGCGAGCGAAAUCACGACAUGGUCGACUGAAGAUCAACCAUGGAGCACCCAGCUGCUCUCGCCAGGUUUGCUCGCGGUUGGGAAGAGCAGCGAGGAUCCACUCGCUAUUUACAGCAUCACCCCGACCGGACUGACGCUCUUACGCAAGUACGAUGCCUCGGGCUGUGUCGGCUGCCAGACAUCCUCAGUGAAUCCCAUCGCGCCCUUCCCAGACAUCAGAGCCAAAUCAGAUGUGUUCAUCACGGGAUGGUACACCGGUGCCACACUAGUCCACGACCUCCGUUCGCCAGACUUGCACGUAGCCGAGUUCUUCGACCCUAUCGAUAACUCCAAGAUCUAUUCCCUGCUACCGAUCGGACGCGAGAGGAUCAUCGCUGGCGGAGCCCGCCACAGUCUCCUAAAAGUGUUCGAUAUCCGCAUGCCGGGCGGCCGCGCCUACAGCUCCCCGCUGCACCACCCAUCCUUCGACGCAAACAACAGCUCCGACGAGCGCACCCACGGCUGGGCAACCUACUUGCACAGCUCGACCGGCAACCGCUACACGCCGCACCGGAACACCCGCAACGCUGUUAUACGGGAAUCGCCCGUGUACUCGCUCGCCUCGGGAUCCCCUGGCGGUGGGGAGGUGCUUGCGGGUGUGGAGGGCGGGGUCUGGGAGUUCGAUUUCGUCGGAAGGAAAGUGGGUACUGGCGAGAAGAGGGCGGGACGCAGGAACUGCGUCAUGUAUGAGUUUGAGAAGACGAGGAUGUGGGUGCAGGGCCGUGAGGAGUUGAUGGGUAGGGCGGGCAUCAUGAGGGCGACUGGCGCGUUGGAUGGCCGCUGGGGACCGUUGUGAAGGCGCCGGAGCAUGGGGGUAGAAUCGUUUUGGUCGUUACGGGGUUGCUACAGUAUUUGCACUUGUGGGAUUAAGUAUUGGCGGUUUUCGAAAAUACAAAAGGUGGGAUAGUGUGAGUCAUGGCGCAUGAUGUUGCGGGUUAGCUACAGAAAAGAAUUCAUGGAC